CCUCAUCAUUGCCUGCGCCCAUUCGCCCGAUAUCGCGAAUCUCCAAGGUCUCUUCACUACGUCGUAGUACUCCAACAAAUGUCAGCCAGACUAUGACAUAGCCACCUGCGAAUUCCUCGCUCAGUAAAUCCCGCUUUUCCACAAUGUCGGAAUAUUGGAAGUCCACGCCCAAAUACUGGUGCAAACACUGCAGCGUCUAUGUCAAAGACACGCCAUUCGAGCGCAAACAGCAUGAGAUCACGGCAAAGCACGAGAACAAUCUCAAACGAUUUCUUCGCGAUAUCCAGAACAGCCAUGAAAAAGGCGAGCGGGAUAGAGAGCGAGCCAGGUCAGAGGUCGAGAGGUUGAGCAGGAUAGGCGGGCCUGGCGCACAGCAAUCAUCGUCUGCCACUGCCGAUGCAGCCUCAAAAUCUACGACCACUCCUACAGCACGCAAGCCCACGGCGGCUCCUCUGACGCAAGCAGAUCAGAAGAGGCAAUGGGCGCAAUUGGCCGAGAUGGGAAUCACAGUACCAGAACAAUUUCGGUCGGAGAUGGCCAUGGCUGGAGAUUGGAAAGUAGUGUCACGGAGGAUGGCUGACGAGCCAACGCCUGAAGAUCCUCUCAGCAUCGGAAUCAAGAAGCGUAAAUUUGAGGGCCAGGAAGAAGAGGAGGAAGCCGGAGAGACAGUGGCUCGGCGUGGCUGGGGAACGACAACCAGGAGGUAUCCUGGUAAAGAGACUGCAGAUUUGGAUGAUCUGUUGUCUGGAACUGUUUCUUUGAAGAAAGAGAAACCUGCUUCGUCGUUGAAGGAAGAAACCAAGGAGACAGACAGCAGCUCUGUCAAGCAAGAGUACAACCCGACAGACGACCAGAAUCAAGACAGGGACUUAAAUCCACCUCCAAUCAAAGAUGACGGACGGGACGAGACCGACCCAAAAGCCGAGAGUUUCCUGGUGAAGAACGAGAGUCAGGAUGAUCAGUUACGCAGUGCUUUGGACAAGAUCCCAGACGAGACACCGAUCCCUGUUUUCAAGAAGAAGCGCAAAGCUAAAGCGUCCUGAAACACCCAACGUCAUCUUCGUGCCGAAGUUUUGUGUCUCGACCAGCACAAGCGAACCGAGCAACCCAGAUAAGCGAGAUCAUGAGGAAACAGGCGUCGAGAACUCCUUCCAAAACGAUACUUCCCUCUGGUCUCAAGUUAAACCCACGCGGCGGUCGAAACUAUAUGUUGAGACGACUGAUCGAUUGAGCGACCCGGUUGUCGCACGGGAUGGUGGCCACGUGCAGGUACCACUGCGCCCGCUGUACGACGCUACUGACAGGUCCAUCCUCGUUUGAAAGAUAUAUGCGGAGUCCUGUUGUCGCGAUCUGUCCUGUACCAUAGUACAAGGACCGGGGCGUGUCCGAUGUAACGAAUGUCGAGUUCGCGUCUGGCCGAAUGCAUCAGGAGAUGCGAAGCUGGCUCAUUGUGUAACCAAAUCGCCGGAGGUUAUGCUUCUCAGGAUGAUGUAGGCUGCAAUAAUGCCUACCUCGCCUACUGGUAGCCUCCGGGGUAAUAUCCAGGGUAGGUGCGAUCAGGAAAUUGAGCAAGCCGAGUCCUUGGGCAAAAAAACUUUCGAGUUCAUGGCCUGUCGCACGUGAGAGACUCCUGCCGCGUAGGACAGACGAGUACUCCGUACUCACCUCAACAUUAUUCCUCCCUGGCCCUAAAGGCAAUCGCUCUUCCGUUUCGCAAUAUGAUAUUGUGGUACGGGAGAGAGAACUUCCAGGCAUCAAGCCAAUGGGAGACAUGACAGUUUGCGUGGAGCCGUAUCGACUACGAGGCGUAUUGCCCAGGCCUUAUCCUAGUCUUCGGCUAAUACACGAUUAUGCAGCUACUCUUGGAAGUCUCCUAGCCAAAGCUCAUGCGCCCAGCCGCCAGACAGGAUAAGCGGUACAAGUCAAUCCACGCCCUGAGGGACUCGGUCGCCUCUGGAGUCUGCAUCUGCCUCUUCCUUUGGUGGAUAUCCGGAGAUGGAGAAGGGUUUUGUUCGGAGAAUUGCUGCUGAGCCCCAACCACAGAUUCCCCUGACAGGUCAAUCAUCCGUUGGGUAGCGCUUUGCUUCCACCAGCUAUCCAGUAUCCACCGCUAUGCUUCAGUGUCCGGGUUUUUUCGUAGAAAUUCUGGGCUGGCUGCAUGAGACCACCGGAGGUAUUGGCUGUGGAAUGGAGAACAAUUGCCUAGCGUACAUGACCCCUGCCUGAUUGUCCGGCUUUGUCAAUCGGUUGUUGUCUCAGGGUACAAUUUCUUGCAUUCUUGGUAUUGAACAAGCGGCCUCAUGUGACACAAAAGGCUUCUACGAGGGGUGAGGGUGGUGACAAAUGGUACUCGGUACCUGGUCGGGUUGCGGAUCAGCUGCAGGCCAGUCAUGCAUGGUGGCUGGGGCGAUCAUGACGGAUGGGAGAGCUCAUGGUGUAUAUUCGAAAGGUAGAACUAGAUGAAGGACGCGAAGAAAGAGGCGUCCUCGGAACGAGAGAAGCUGGUCUCGCUUCGAAGCCUACAUAAGCUCGAGCUUCGGAUUGGUCUUGUCUCGGAGAUUUUUUCUAUAGACUGGUAACUGCAUUAUUGGUGGUGAAGCUGC